AUGCCGCGCUGCUAUAUGGUGAAGAAAAGCAACCAGCGUCAUGAUGGUCCGCCCCCCUGCAGCCCGACAGAGGCCAGCGUGGCUCCGCCUUGCUACAGCCCCUCUGAGGACACGGCUGUCACAGAAGCAGGUCGUGCUGAAUAUGAGGAGCCAACAUGCAAUCCGAUGGAGCGGACGGCAGCAGACACAGAAGCAGCACAUGACCUGCUCUCGCUCGCCAACAGUCUGCCGCCGCUGCCGCUACCGCCGCCACCACCACCACCACCACCUCCCGCUCCAAUAUUCACAAUGCUGCAACCUCCCGAAACACCCAUCGUCCCCGUGUAUACCUAUACCAUACAGCCAACCAACAUUUUUAUCAUCGCUGAUGAACCCCCUGAGCCUAUCUAUCAUGUGUUACCCACGGUCGCACCCAUACCGCAGUUCGAAUAUAUGCUCGAACCGCAAUUAAGUUACCUCGCUUACCAGCCCCAGCCCCCGAUUGAACCAAUUCCCGAACGCCUGCCAGAAUCCUUGCCUCAACCCUUGCACGAAACUCUGCCCGAACCAAUGCCCCAAGCUCUUCACGAACCCCUACCCGAAACUGAGCCAGUACCACAGAUGGAGCCGGAAGUCGAACCAGAACUCGAUCCGGAACUCGAACUGGAGCCCGAAUUGAUGGAAGAAAACGCGUUGCAACAUUCAAAAGAUAAAAUGAUUAAAUACGAUUGUGACGAAUGUGGCAAACGUUACGCAACAUCGUCGAAUCUGUCAAGACACAAACAAACACAUCGCAGUCUCGACUCGCACGCGGCCAAGCGUUGCAGCGAUUGCGGCAAAGCGUACGUGUCCAUGCCCGCACUCGCGAUGCAUGUUCUCACCCACAGAAUGGGGCACGUGUGCGGCGUUUGCGGCAAGCAGUUUUCUCGGCCGUGGCUCCUCCGCGGACACUUGCGUUCACAUACCGGCGAAAGACCCUAUGACUGUCCCGUCUCUGGCUGUAGCAAAGCAUUCGCGGAUCGCUCCAAUCUACGCGCCCACCUGCAGACCCAUUCAGCAGAAAAAAAUUACGAAUGUUGUCGCUGCCACAAAACAUUUGCUCUAAAGAGCUACCUCACAAAGCAUCUGGAGACGACGUGUCUGGUCUUCAUGAACGAGUAAAACAAGCAGAAGUCUACCAAAAAUUGCAACGAAUAAC